AUGGCCUUCUUCGAGACCACCCCCAUGGGCCGUAUCACCAACCGCUUUGCCUAUGACAUGGAGUUGAUUGAGUUCCUCCUACCUACUCAGCUGGGCUCGUUCUUUGUGGCCAGUUGUUGGAUAGUGAGUGCAGUUGUAGUUAUGGCUGUGGUCACUCCGCUGUCGUUAGUGGUGGUGUUGCCCGUGGUGGGGCUGUUUAUCUACCUGCAGAACUACUGCCG